CGGGAAGGUGAAGCUUAAUACAACAAUGGAUCCCCAGAAUUAUUGAACCGAGCCUCCCCAUUUUGUCUCGAUUAUGCGGAGAAGGUAUUUAUUACCGGUUCGAACCGGUGACAAGCCUAUUCCCCCACAGCGGGACGCAAUUUACCCCACAUUGUCUUUUCUGCUUUUGUCUUAGGUUAAGAGAUUCUAUCCAUCUCACCCGCUCACAUUAAUAAAUAGAGGAUAGACGAUAAGUUUAGUGUAUGAGAAGGACAGCUAUUGCAACGACGAUUCAUUAUCAUAUACCUCUCAUUAGCCAGUCAAUUAAUACCCAUAUACAACCCACAAAGCGAGAGAUAUAAACACACGUAGACCUCCAACUAUAAAGAUGGUUGCUGCAGUUCGAGUGGCACCGAAUGCUGCUACAAGAGCAGCUAGCCUUCUACGGACGGUUCAGUAUGCUCACCCGCCAAAUUGUCCAUGUCAUUCAAACCCGGGACAUCACCAUCAUCAUGCAAGACCUCAAAUUGACGCGUAUGCUCAGCAUACCAAUAGGCGGAUCGGGAGACGCGGUUUCGCUUCCCCUAUAGACCCUUCUCAGCAGAAGGAGUAUGCAUUUGAGAUGGCCGCCUCUUCAAUCCGAUUUGGCCCUGGCGUCACCCAAGAAGUUGGUAUGGACUUUAAGAACAUGGCUGCUAAACGUGUCUGCGUCGUAACCGACUCGACCGUCCGAAAACUCACUGCCGUCAAGCAAGUAGAGGAGGCCUUAUCGAGAGAAGGCAUAGCAUAUGAAAUAUUUGAUAAAGUACGGGUUGAGCCAAAGGAUAGUUCUAUCAAAGAGGCCAUAGCAUUUGCCAAACCAUAUCGGCCGGAUGCUUACCUUGCCGUAGGCGGGGGCUCGGUGAUCGACACGGCUAAAUUGAUGAACCUCUACACCGAGUAUCCCGAUGCUGACUUUCUAGAUUUCGUUAAUGCACCAUUGGGUAAAGGACGGCCAAUUGAUAAAAAGCUUAAGCCUCUAGUCGCUAUUCCUACUACAGCUGGUACUGGUAGUGAGACGACCGGCACAGCCAUUUUCGACCUCGUGGAAAAGAAGGCUAAGACUGGCAUCGCGCAUCGCAACUUAAAACCGACCCUCGGUAUAUGCGACCCGCUCAACACUAGGACGAUGCCAUCAGCAGUGAAGGCGAGUUCUGGACUGGAUGUCCUCUGCCACUCGCUUGAGUCGUGGACAGCCAUCCCGUUCAAUGAGAGAGUACCCCGGCCCUCGAAUCCCAUAUUAAGACCUGCAUACCAGGGCGCAAAUCCUAUCAGUGACAUAUUCUCUCUAAAUGCACUCCGAAGUACCAUCAAAUAUCUGCCGAGAGCAGUCAAGGACCCAGAAGACUACGAAGCCCAGAGCGAGAUGCUCCUCGCCGCCACGCUUGCUGGCGUUGGUUUCGGAAAUGCUGGUGUUCACUUAUGCCAUGGAAUGUCAUACCCUAUCUCCGGUCAAAAUCCCGGUUACAAGCACGCAGGAUAUGAUGUAGAAACGCCUAUCAUUCCUCAUGGCGUUUCGGUCGCAGUAUCAGCUCCCGCUGUGUUUCGAUUCACGGGUGCAUCGAACCCUGAUCGCCAUCUCGCUGCCGCAGAAGCGUUCGGUGUGGAUAUCACGAACGUGAAGCGUGAGGAUGCUGGUGAAGUCUUGGCCGAUGCCAUCACACAAUUCCUUGCUGAACUAGGAGACCAACCGAAGGGACUUAAAGACCUAGGCUUUGACUCGAGCCACAUCGACGCGCUGGUCGAGGGGACGAUACCUCAAGCUAGGGUUCUGAUGCUGGCGCCUGGUCUAGCUAAGGAACUCGAACAGGAGAGAGAUCAGCUAAGAAGGCUCUUUGAAGAAGCCUUAACGCACUGAUAAAAAGGGCUACCUGUUACGCUGUAUACUACCUAUAAAAGGCUGCAAUUUAUAUAGAUAGUCCCGAUGUCAAUUGAUUAUAGUAGAAACAGUUAUGGGAUCGGAAGUCCUGAUAUGAUUAUGCUAGGAAGGUUUAAGAGGUCACCGGUGUCUGUAACAUGCUCAUCUUGUGUCAAGUUGUGACUACUUCUUCUUCGGGGGGUAUACCUAUAAGCAAACUUCAGAAUCAAAGGUUACUCUACAGAAUCGAAUCAAAAGCUAGGUAUUCAAUAUUCUGUUGCUAUGGACUCAUCUGUGUAAGUAAUGUACCUACCCUUAUGACUUCAUCGUUGCUGUAAG